GAGUUUGGGGUGUGUGAAGUCAGGGCUGUGUUUAUGUUCAGGAUGCAGUGUAAGGCUCAGCUGAAGGAGAUGGACAAGCCGGCGUCCUGCAGUUCCUCCCCCGCGGCGCUCUGCCUGCCCGCGGUCUUCUGCUUCGUGCUGUCCGGAGUGUCUGUGGCGCUCUGUGCGCUCAGCGCCUUCAGGUCGGCCCACCUGGAGCACAGAGUGGCGCUGCUGGAGGCAGAGCGAGGCCCGGAGUUCAGCUCAGCUCCGUCGUGGCUGGAGGUGAACGGCACUCUGUGGGAUCUGAUCGACAAGCUCGUUCAGAAGAGACUAAUGGAGGAAGCCCCCAAGCUGCGCACUACGAGGGACCUCAUGCAGGAGUGCUCGUGCCCACCAGGACCGCCAGGAAGGCGGGGCAAGAAAGGCAAUCCUGGAACUCCAGGCACUCCAGGGCGGGAUGGCUACCCGGGUCCUCUGGGUAUGGAUGGUAAGCCUGGUGCUCCUGGUCCCAAAGGCAGCCCGGGGAUGCCGGGGCCAAAAGGAGAUAAGGGCGACCAGGGAGACAUGGGGCCCAGGGGCCUUCCAGCAUACAGUGCCUCCGCAGGCCUGCUCAGUAAUCAGAUUCUCACAGUAAAGGGCGAUCAGGGUCAGGCGGGGCCUCCUGGUCCCCCGGGGCCUCCCGGUGAACCUGGUCCCAGAGGGCCUCCAGGAAACACAGGCAGAGAUGGACCCCGGGGCCAUGCAGGAGAGAUGGGUCCUCCUGGAAAGGAUGGGAUAGAAGGUCCAAGAGGGCCACCUGGUAUAAAGGGAGAAGUUGGAGAGCGUGGCAUGACUGGACUUCAGGGCCCUCCAGGGCUUAAAGGAGAUCAGGGUGAAGAGGGGAAAAGAGGCAUGGAUGGAUUCCCGGGCAUAAAGGGGGAGAGAGGAGAACCUGGUUUUCCGGGACCAAGGGGGCCUCCUGGGGUCUUUGGUGAAAUUGACUCACAUUUAGACCCGACGGGUCAACAGUGUCCGCCAGGUCCACCAGGACCUCCUGGAGAGCAAGGAGCAAAGGGAGAGAUGGGCUCUCCUGGAUUACCUGGAUCUGAGGGCAAACAGGGAUCUAAGGGAGAGAAGGGUGAGACAGGAGAGCCUGGAAUGGCAGGAGAGAAGGGAGAGAGGGGAGAGAUGGGUGUGUCUGGGCCAGCGGGUGCUGACGGUCAGAAAGGGGAGAAAGGAGACUCCAGACUUGAGGACAAUCUGGCUCAGAUCAUCUCACUGCCAGGACCCCCAGGGCCUCCUGGAUCACCUGGCCCACAGGGCAUAAUGGGGCAUCAUGGAAUGCCUGGCCAGAAGGGGGAGCCAGGUGAGGCAGUGAAAGGAGAGAAGGGGGAUACAGGAGAGAAAGGCCUCCCCGGACCGCGGGGUCUUCAAGGUUUUCCUGGCCCUAAUGGUUUGGUUGGUCUACCGGGUGCAAAAGGUGAAAAGGGAAAGCAAGGCGAGCCUGGAUUAGAUGGUUUUCCUGGGCUCAGAGGAGAGAAGGGCAGCAAAGGCGACAGAGGAGAAAAGGGUGAAAGAGGCUCACUGGGGAAAAAGGGUCUAAAAGGACAAAAAGGAGAGCAGGGGCCUCCAGGGCUGGACCAGCCCUGUCCUGUGGACCGAGAUGGACUUCCGAUGCCAGGAUGCUGGCACAAGUGAUGACCAACCAGAAGCAUGGAAUCUGUACAUAUUGAUAUACAUAUUUGCAACUAACAUUUGCUUUUUACCCCUCUCAAUUUUGUAUUUUUUCUAUUUAAUAUACUGAGUUUUCAUACAGAAAGUUGUCCUUUGAGUCUCCUUGCAAAGAUAUCUCUUCAUAUCGCUGCUUACUACAUAGAAGGGCUCAGAAGUGUAAGAAUAAAAGCAACAGCGUUAACAAGAGUUGAAAUGAGCUGGCAAGGGCACAUGGACUCAGUGCAUGAGGGGUGCACAGAGAAUGCUGCUUCUAACUCGGAGAGGAGAAGAACCACACAUGACCAUCUUACAGACUGAACAUGGUGGCAGUAGAUAAAAUCUGCUUGGAUCUGCUUUAAGCCGACUGGACUGGCCUGAAAGAUCCAGUGUAUCCACCCUUUACUGAAAGACUGAAGCAGGGGAGUAAGACAAGGUUUCUUAUCCAGGUCCAUGAGAAGAAAAGUUUGGGAGCUACAUGAAGAAAAAGCACUGCCUUGGGGAUCCCCUGUGAUUGAGCCAAACUGUGUAUGCUUUAAAUGGACUGUUUCAUACAUCAUAUAUUCUCAGCUCUCAGGAAACAGAAGUAUUCAUGUCAAGAAAAUUAAAAGAACAGUUUAAUUUCCAAUCUGAAGAGGGAUGGGUGUGGUGAUUCAAAUGUGUGGAGGUCCAAACUCCACCUCAGUAUUUUUUGCUUAAUGGGCAGUUGGACUAUGUCAUCUGUAGGUUGGAACAAAACAAUUAAAUCAUGCAUUGGGCUGUCUUUUCACUUUCAUAUAUGUUUUGAAUCACACAUGCAGCUGAUAGUGUCACAUCAGUUUUUUGUUUUUUUUUUUAGUUUUACAAUAUUUUAAAAUAAUUCUCAACAAAACAUGCCAUUUAACCGAAGAUGUUCAAACCAGAAGUAUCCAGACACCCCUUAUAAUUUGUGAAUUCAGCUCCUGAAAGAGCUGAAUUGUGCAAUUAUAUUUAAUUGCAUGAUAUCCAUAGAAAAAUACUACUAUGUUUUUGUUUCUGAGUCUGUCUAAAGGAGUAUAUAGCCCUCCAGCAUUAGAAUGUGGAGCAGAGGAACAGUGUUCUGUGGGAUGAGUUGGAGAAGUGUUUGUGAUCCAGAACUAAUCAAUCGACAUCAGUACAUGACCUCACUGAGGCUGAAUGCAAUCAGAUCCUCAUGGUAAUGUUGUAGGUUCUAGCAUAAAGCCCCCACAAGAGUAGAGGCUGUUCCUGCAGUAAAAGAACUCCCUAUUAAUACUCCCUAGUAAUCUGAUAUACCUGAAACACAAAGAUCAUUCAGUAGAUGAAACAAUCUGCUGAAUGUCAACCCUUCUGUUUUUUAUGCAUAGGAAUAUAAAAUGCUUUCUCAUUAGGAUAUUUGAACACUGCUUGUUUAUUUACGUAUGCUCAUAUUUAAACAGCAAAAAUGGUUCAAAUGCCCAUCCCUACAGCACAGCCCAGAAAUUAAACUAAUGUGCAAACUGCAUUCUGCAGCAAUUUCUACAAUUUCUAGUGAAGCUUUUUAAGGACCUGUUCUCAGUACUCUUAUUGAUUCUGUGUAAAUAAUAUGUAUAGAUAUUACCUUGCAAAACUUUUUAGAGCUAGUUUUUGAAUGAGAUUGUUCUACUGAUGAGCAGUGUGAUGUGUUUUGUGUAUUCGAGUAAACAAUCCUUAAUCCAUGUGUACAUGUCUGUUUAUCAUGCAUGUAGAGGAAGGAUUUGAGCAAGGACUGCAUUUGUGUUAUUAGGCCUAUGCCGUUUUCAGUUUGUGGGGAAAGCAUGUUGUGCUACAAAUCUUAGCAGCAGUGUUUUGUAUGAUUUCUAGUGGUUUGUGUGAUCCUUUUACAAAAACAACCCUACAAGAAACUUGUACGUCUGCAUUCCUGAAAGUUUCUUAAGAUUUUUUUUAUGUGGAUUUGUAUCUUCUUCCUGAGGGUUCCUACAGAUGUCCUGUGAUGCUGCAGUGUUUAUUCCCUUCCUCGGUUGCCUUAAUUACAGUACUCAAUAUUUAUAUUGUAAAAUAUGAUAUUGUUAUAAAUCACAUCAAACUGAAAGUUAACUGCUUAAAUCAAUUAUUAGCCAUCAUACAUGAUGUUCUAACAGAUGUAAUUGGGAGAAGAAUAAAACAUACAUACACUGCA